AUGAAACGAUUGCAACUGCUGGGCAAGUCCAAGUACUUGAACUUCAGCUCGACCGCCAACGAUGCGUCUUCAUCGCCGCUUUUGAGCAAGACAACGUCAACACCAACGCCGCCCACUCAAGAGAUCCGCUAUCAAGCAGCGCAUCUACUGAGUUUGCCACGAAAGGUCCUGCUCAUGAUCCUCGAGAACUUGGAUACAGAGACUUUGUUGGCGCUGUGUCAGGUCAAUUUCCAACUUUAUAACAUUAUUAGCAACAACUUCUUAUACAAACAUGUCAUAUUGAAUUCAAAACUAUCUCUUUUAAAAUUCAGUGCCAUGAUCCAUUCUGAAUUUCAUACUGCUACAGGUUUAAGAAACUUGCAUAAGGGUGUCAUUUCUCAAAAUGUGAGAUUCCUAGUGCGUUCCAUUGAAUUUAAUAAUCCACAAUGUCAGGACUCUUUAUUGAAAUAUAGUAAAUUCCAUAGUAAGAAUGAUCAGACUAUCGCAGGUUCAUACAUUUUCGAAACUCCUCUAUCGUCAUCGUCCACAACGACAUCCACUCAUAAGAAGAACCCCACAUUCUCCCAAGAUGAUGACUCUGCCAGUUUGAACGAAACAAGAAACAUACUCAAUCACAAUAUUUCCAACGGUACCGCUAGUAAUGGUAGUAGUGCUGUCAAGCAGUGUGACUGUUUUAAGACACUGGAUAAGAUGGAAAGCAAAUACUCAAGUCAUACGUAUAUUGAGUUAAUGUUAGACAUCAUAGAUUACCUACCUAAUCUUUCUCAUGUGAUCUUGAAUGACGUAGAACCCAGUUUCAAAAUUCCACUUUGGUAUUCAGUAUUCAACGAUGGGUCCAGGGAUUUCUUUAAGAAAAUUAUAAAGGGUCAACAAUCAAUAACAAGUAACGAUCUAAGAACUUUCCAAAUUUCCAAAGAUUUCGUAUCUGAAUAUGAACGAAAAUUUUAUUCUUUACAAAGAUUGAAAAAAUUAGAAAUUAGAGCCACUUUGGAUAAGAGAAGAAAUCAUCAAGUCUAUCUAAGACCUAAUCUUUUGUGUUGCUUCGGUAUUAUAAAUGAAUUAGUAUUAUCAAAUGUCAUCCUGGACACUGAAUCGCUGGAUACGCCGAUGGAAUUUCUUCCCUUAAACUUAAGGAAGGAGGAAUCAGGAUUGUAUCAUUUACAUGCACCAUUCCAUUCAUUAACGCUAAAAUCAUGUCAUGUAAUCCCAGGGAAUGGUAUAUUAAGAUUAUUCCAUUCAUAUUUCAAAUGUGUCAAAUCAUUGGAAUUGUUAGAAAUAACUAGUAAGUAUGAUCUUCUCUUGUGUAAUUGUUUCCCAGCAUUGACGGAUUUAACCAUUGAUUGUAAUAGUCAUUGUUUCACAAGUGAAAAAUUAGUGGAUGAUGAAUAUUAUUAUGAAGAUAUUGAAAAGCAAUUGGAACAACAACGUUUUCAACAACAUUUAAUGGAAAGUUCUCUUCAUGAUUGUGAAACUUUACAUGAUACACCACAUGACCAUAUAUUACAAGCACCACCUGCUACUUCAUCAGUGGUUUUAUCACUAAAUGCUAAAUAUAUCUCUAGAACUACAAGUGAUACUAAAAAUCAAAAAAAUCAUAGGAAGCCAGCUACAUUAACGAAAUCACAAGGUGAAUACUUUAACCAUUUGAGGAUACCAGAAUUUCAUUAUUUUUACCAUUAUUAUAAAUUACUUUGGGAUAGACUACCACAUCAAAAUAUUAACAUUAACGUCAUUAAUAUACCCUUCACUAAUGUUUACCCCCUCUCACCAACGUUAUUCUGGGAUAAAAUGUUGAACUUGAUAAGAGAACGCCAACAACUUCAUCAGGGUGAUAAUGAUGAAGAUACUGCAGAUCAAGAAACUUUAAUUGCAUAUCGUAAUGACCAUGGAACAAGUGAAUUACAAUCUGGUACAGAAAUGGAAUCGCAUCUGGAUACCGAGCAAGAAUAUUACUGGGAUUCUUCGGUUAAAAAAUGUUUCAAAGAUAAUUUGCAACUUUUGAAAGAUAGUUCUAGCGGUAGUAGAAGUGACAAUCCACUUACCGUUAUUGAUAUCGAUGAAAUAAUUGAACAAAUGGAUAAUGAAAUAAUUAAUAAUUUUCAAAAUUUUCAAUAUUUUAAAGAUAUACCUAAUAUUAAUCUGUGGUGUUUCUUUAAAUCAUUAUCUAAAUUCAAAUCGGUAAGAAUCCGCUUGUUGAGGAAUUUAUUAUUUUGUACCCCAAGGACAAGAUAUGAUUGGGAAUUAUUAUUAAGACCUGUGUUAAGGGUUAAUGUACCAAUUGAGGUAAGAGACAAGGAUGGGUUUGUUCUAUAUUCAUAUGGUGUCAAUAAUAAAAAUAAAAAGAGGAGGUGA